AUGGCCCCGCUCUCGAGGUCGAGCUCGUACACCGACCCGGGCUUCACCUUGAGGCGCCAGUUCGGCAAAGAGAACUUCAGGCCCAUGCAGAAGGAGAUCAUCGAAGCUGCCCUCCAGCGCAAAGAUGUCUUUGUCCAGGCCGCCACCUCCUUCGGCAAGAGUCUGUGCUUCCAGCUGCCCGCCGUCAUAGACCAUGGCAUUACCAUCGUCAUCUCGCCCCUGCUCAGCCUGAUGAUGAACCAGAUCGAGGCCCUGAAGCUCGCCAAUGUUGAUGCCAGGACCCUCAACAGCAACACGCCCCCGGCCGAGAAGGACCACAUCUACCAGGACCUCGCGUCGGGCCACCCGCGCACGAGGCUGCUGUACGUGACGCCGGAGCUGUGCUCGGGCGACCACUUCCGGCGCAAGCUGCGGGUGGUGCACGAGCAGCGCGAGCUGGCGCGGAUCGCCGUCGAUGAGGCGCACUGCAUCUCGGAGUGGGGCCACGACUUCCGCAAGGACUUCAAGAAGCUGUCCUUCUUCCGCGACGCCUUCCCGGACGUCCCCAUCAUGUGCCUCACCGCCACCGCCAACGAGCAGGUGCGCGCCGACGUGCUCUCCACCCUGGGGCUGCUCAAGAGCCCCGCGCGCCUGAGGACCUUCGCCAUGACCGCGUACCGGCCCAACCUGCAUAUGGAGAUUCGCUUCACGAACGACCAGGCCGACGACCGCUUCGACAACUUCGUCACCUGGAUCCAGGGGGUGUACGCGCGGCGGGAGACUGACGAGCGGAGGCGGGAGCUCGAGGCCAGGGGCGAGAGGGUCAAGAACGUCCCCGGCAUCAUCUACACCAACUCCAGGGACGAGUGCGAGAUGAUCGCAGCCGCGCUGCGGCAGGAGGGCAUCGGCGCGCGGCCGUUCCACGCCAAGCUGCUCAACCAGACCAAGGAGGAGACGCUCGCCCGGUGGGUCAACAACCAGGAGGGCUAUGAUAUUAUCGUGGCCACUACCGCAUUCGGCAUGGGUAUUGACAAGAACAACGUCCGGUUUGUGGUGCACUGGCGCAUGCCAAAGAGCUUCGAAGGAUACUACCAAGAGGCCGGGCGGGCGGGCAGGGACGGGAACGCGAGCUACUGCUUCCUCUACUACAGCCGCGAGGACCGCGACCGGAUAUGCAACAUGGUGUCGAGGGACGUCAAGGACGGAGAGAACCGCGAGGCGAGGCUGCGAAGCCUCAAGACCUUGGCAGACUACUGUGAGAGCACGGACGGGUGUCGGCACGCGGCUAUCUGCAAGUAUUUUGGGGAGACAGAUGUCCCUGCGUGUGAUUUCGCAUGCGAUUGGCACAAGGACCCCAAUGGCCUCAAGAGGAGAUGGACCAGAGGUCUAGCUAGCGAGGAAUGGGUCAGUACACAGGCGCAGGACGGUGUCUAUAACAACUGUUAUGACGAUUAUUGA